CUUGACCAAUAAUUUUUCCCCACCCUGUACAUGAAAAAAAAUAGGAGCGAUAAAAUUGAAAGUUGAGCUACAGAUUUCGCGUUUUUUAUUUUAUUAAUAACUGUCAGUGUUAUUAACCUGUGUAGUUAUGGCUUCUAGAAAAAAGAAAUAUUAUAAUUGGAUAUUAAAUUAUAAUCGAAUGAUUCGAGAACGAGAAAUAGAAUUUCAAAAUAAUUUCGUUUUUGCCGUUUCGGUAAUACAUACCGUUGCCGUAAUGAAAAGUGAAAAAAGACAUUAUUCUAAAAAAAAAGUUUUGGGUUGCACCACUGUUUCAAAAUCGUAAUGAGUAUGGAUUUUAUAAAGCUACUUUACCGUAUAUAAAGUUAGAAAGCGCAAGAUUUAAAAAUUAUUUUCGCAUGUCAUCAACGCAACUGGAGGAUUUGCUACAAAUUGUUGCAUCGAAACUCCAUAAACAGACAUUUCUCAGAGAGCCUAUCAGUGCUGAAGAACGUUUGUGUUUAACUCUAAGGUUUGUUUUAUUACAUUUUUUAAAAUCUCAUACAAAAAAAUAUAUAUAAAAGCGACACACUAGGCAAUACAAGAUAUAAAUGGUUUAAAAGUUAUAUAACUACUGUUUUUUACAUAGAUAUUUGGCUUCUGGUGAUUCAAUGGUAUCAAUAUCGUAUCAGUACUUAUUAGGAUGUACGACAAUCAGCAAUAUUAUAUGCGAUACAUGCGAAGUAAUUUGGGAUAUGUUGUGUCCAAUUGUCCUUCCAUCUUCUGUAACGAAAGAAGAUUGGUUAAAUAUUGCAGCCGAUUUUGAAAAUCGAUGCAAUUUUACUCAUUGUAUAGGUACGAUCGAUGGAAAACAUAUUGUUAUUCAAUGUCCUGUUAAUGCUGGCUCUACAUAUUAUAAUUACAAACACAGCCACAGUAUUGUUUUAAUGGCAGUAUGUGAUGCUAACUAUCUAUUUACAUUUGUUGAUGUUGGAGCUUAUGGUAGACGCAGCGACGGUGGCAUUUUCAAAGAAUGCCAGUUUGGUAAAAAAUUUGAACAAAAAAAGAUGAAUGCACCAAAUGCAGAGGUUAUUUCUGAAAAUGGCCCCAUAUUGCCGUAUUGUCUCGUUGGAGAUGAAGCAUUUCCUUUAAAAGAAUAUUUGCUUCGGCCAUAUCCAGGAAGAGGCGGACUGACCAAAGAGAAAAAUAUAUUUAACUAUCGACUGAGCCGUGCUAGGCGAACUAUUGAAAAUACAUUUGGUAUUCUUGCCAGUCAGUGGCGAAUACUGAGGAAGCCAAUAAUUGCUAAAGUAGAAACAGUAGAGAAAAUUGUGCAAGCCAUUGUGUGUUUACACAAUUGGUUACGAAAACAGGACAUAAACAUCAAUGAAUACGUGACUACAAAUAUGGUCGAUCAUUUGGAUGAUAAUAAUUUAAUACCUGGUAUUUGGAGAACAGUUCUUGAAAGCGGUUCUGCCUAUCGUGAAAUACAACGAGCAGGAUCAUAUAGGAGUACUCAGACAAGCAUGGAAAUACGAGAAAAGUUUUGUACAUAUUUUAAUAAUGAAGGAUCUGUACCAUGGCAAAAUAAUUUUAUCUAA